AUGUGCCAAUCACAGGGAUCCUCACAUGUAGACACCUCGCCUGCCUCAAGCCGCAACAGUUUAUGGGCCGCUGAAGCCGGGCGCGUUCGACGUCGAUCGUCGAUCGUCGUUCGACCGGCCAUGCAGCUCCUGCGGCUGAUGCCAAUUUUGAUGAUGUCGCUGCUAUGGCAGGCUUGGAGCCAAGAGGAUGAUGACGUUGAUGACGUCGAUGACGUGGAGUUCGAAGAACUGGAGGAUGGGCCGGAGAACGACGGCACAUUUGAGCCGGAGGAGACACACAAGAGAUUCGACGAUCACCCUCUUUGGCAGGACUGCGUCAAGCACGCAGAGGCAGUGGAAGGUGAGCAUGGGCUGUACGACAACGCAGAGGCAGGCCAUGAGGGUCGGCAGAAGCUGGCGGCAGCUUUGAAAGAAAAGACUUUGGAGCUGGUGAAGACACCCUCAUCCACCUUCGAAGAGAAGUUUGUGGAGAAGCUCCAGGACGUGCAAGCCAAGAGGCGAGGCUUCGGCGCACCUGAUGCUUGUGACUUCCUUCUGCAGCACCAUGAGCUUUGA